AUGGAGACCAUUUCUGGCGAGUUGGAGAAGCUGCGCCUGAAUAGCGGCUGGAUAGACGCUGUUGCAGGCGAACAACGACCACCCAAACGACAGAGAAAGACGAAGGAAGCCGUCAAGAAAGAGCUGGAGCAUGAGUUUCUGACGCCUUCGCAUUCGUUCAACACGCAAUGGUUGAACCAGCUGCAGCAACGAUGGGAACCCCCGACAAAUUAUCGUGGCCUGUUCCAGAUCGCCCCAACUCAGACCCGCACAAUCAUUCGCUUUACUCGUGAGGGUCUUGAAGGCCGCGUCACAGGAUACAAGGAGGUCACUGUUCCUGCAAACUCGGCAACUGCGAAGAACUCUACCUCGCUUUUGAGAAAGCCAGCCAACAGAGCCGAGUUUGUCCGUGGUGCAGCAGGCUUCUUUCCAUUUGCGCCGGGAGGUCUUGAUGGCGUCGAAGCCAUCGCAGCAAUCGAAGACGAAGCGAUCAUGCGGCAGGAGGGUGCCAACGCGAAGAAGAGCGGAGGUCUCGAUCGCGUGAUCAACUUUAGCGCUGAGGGUGGUCUAUUGGAGAUUCCACCCGGUUUUACUCGCGGCCUAGACUUCAAGCUAAAACCUGCUGGGGAUGAGAAGGCUGCGCUCGAGGUGGAAGCUGCGCUCGGGGAAGCGGCGGCGCCUGUCAAAGAUGCUGAUGCAGAUGAUGAUGAUGCCGUGGACAGUAUCGAAGUCGACGGAGUUGAGGCAGCAGAUGCAGAAGGACAGACUCCCGGAGAAGAAGAGAUCGAUGCGCUCCUACCAGUCGAGUUCCCCGCCCUUGCGCCUCACACGCAGCUUGCCAUGGCUAACAGGAAAGGCGGGCGAGAGUGGGCUCACAUGGUUGAUGUCAAUCGCGACAUUACGAACUUUAAGGAGCUUGUACCUGAGAUGGCGCGCGAAUACCCCUUCGAGCUGGAUACAUUUCAGAAGGAAGCUGUCUACCACCUGGAGAAUGGCGACUCUGUCUUCGUUGCAGCCCAUACGUCUGCUGGUAAAACGGUGGUGGCCGAGUACGCCAUUUCGCUUGCUGCAAAGCACAUGACCAAAGCGAUCUAUACCUCACCCAUCAAAGCUUUGAGUAAUCAGAAGUUCCGUGAUUUCCGUCAGACAUUCGACGAUGUUGGCAUUCUCACCGGAGAUGUUCAAAUCAGACCAGAGGCCAGCUGUCUCAUCAUGACUACGGAGAUCCUUCGAAGUAUGCUGUACCGGGGAGCCGAUCUCAUCAGAGAUGUGGAAUUUGUCAUCUUCGACGAGGUCCACUACGUCAACGACUUAGAGCGCGGUGUGGUCUGGGAAGAGGUCAUCAUCAUGCUUCCUGAGCACGUAACGCUAAUUCUUCUUUCGGCCACGGUUCCCAACACCUAUGAAUUCGCUUCGUGGGUCGGACGAACCAAGAAGAAGGACAUCUAUGUCAUCUCAACGCCCAAACGUCCUAUUCCUCUCGAACAUUACUUAUGGGCAGGCAAGGGGAUGCACAAGAUUGUUUCAGCAGACAAAAAAUUCAUCGAUAACGGAUGGAAAGACGCAAACGAUGCGCUCUCCGGCAAAGACAAGGUCAAAGCACCGCCAGCCGCCAAGGAUGCACCAGCAGGAAGAAGUGGUGGAGGCCGUGGUGGCCCACCUGCAAGGGGAGGGCAAAACCAGCGUGGAAGAGGCCAGCAGAAUGGUGGCCGCGGUGGUACCGGUGGUCGUGGUGGCGGACCGCCGGCUGCUCGGGGCCGGGGCAAUAUCGCCAGGACAGGUCGCGGUGGUGGCCGGACAACAGCCGCUCAAGAUCGAAAUAUAUGGGUGCAUCUCAUUCAGCAUCUGCGCCAGAAAGAGCUACUCCCAGCUUGUAUAUUUGUCUUCUCGAAGAAGCGUUGCGAGGAGAAUGCGGACGCGCUGUCGAACAUUGACUACUGCACCGCUGCAGAGAAAAGCGCUAUUCAUAUGACCAUUGAGAAGUCACUGGCCAGACUGAGUCCUGAAGAUCGAGACUUGCCGCAGAUCAAGAAGCUCAGGGAGCUGCUCAGCCGAGGUAUCGCCGUCCACCACGGUGGCAUGCUGCCUAUUGUCAAGGAAGUGGUCGAGAUUCUGUUUGCAAAGACCCUAGUCAAGGUACUUUUCGCAACAGAGACCUUUGCGAUGGGUCUCAAUCUGCCUACCAGGACUGUCGUCUUCUCAGGCUUCCGCAAGCAUGACGGAAGGGAGUUCCGUGAUCUCCUACCCGGCGAGUACACUCAAAUGGCCGGUCGCGCUGGACGAAGAGGUCUCGACACGGUGGGCACGGUAAUCAUUUGCGCACCUGGUGCCGAUGAAGCGCCGCCGGCAGCUCGACUACGACAAAUGAUGCUGGGCGAACCAACAAAGCUGCGUUCGCAGUUCAGGCUCACGUACAACAUGAUGUUGAAUCUACUGCGUGUUGAAGCUUUGAAGAUCGAGGAGAUGAUUAAGCGCAGCUUCAGUGAAAACGCCACCCAAGCCCUCUUACCAGAACACGAAAAGAAGGUGAAGCUCUCAGAAGCUGAUUUGGAAAAAGUCAAGCGCGAGCCUUGCGAAAUCUGCGACGUUGAUCUGGAAGCAUGCCAUCAGGCGUGUGAAGACUACAAGAAGCUGACGAACGAGACGCAUCUCAGUCUCCUCGGCAAUCCUUUGGGACGUCGCGUGUUCAGCAAAAACCGACUCAUAGUCUACAAGAAAGACAACAUGCGUACGGUAGGUAUGCUCCUCCAAGAUGGACCCAGUAAGGGCAACGAGCCUACUGUCAAGGUCCUAGAGAUUUCACAGAACCUCGAGCGAAAGCCUGAUGAUCUACUACCUUACUUCGCAGACUUUGCUAAGUUGUUCCGCAACUUGCCAACAAGUCCAAAAGACAUGAUAUUGAAGACCGCAUAUAUCCCUCUCAAUGAUGUCGAGUGUUUUACGAAGACGACCAUCGAUAUACCAGAGACUGUUCAGAACCUCACGAAAAAGAAGGAUCUGAUGAAUCUGGCGCAUGCCCAGUUCAUUCCACUGUGUACAUCAUGGAAUUACGAAGACUGGGACGAGUAUGACUACAGCCGCAUCAAGAACCUCCAGUUUCGCGAAACUCAGGACGCACGACGCAAACGAGGCCAGAAUGCCGUAAAUAAGGAGUGUCUACAGUGUCCCAACUUCUUGAAGCAUUUUUCAAUGGAACACGAUCAAUGGGUCAUUAAGGAGAACAUCCUUGCCAUUCGCCAACUCAUGUCUGACCAGAAUCUCCAACUACUUCCCGACUAUGAGCAGAGGAUACAGGUGCUUCGCGAGCUCGGCUUCAUCGAUGAAGGUUCACGCGUAGAGCUGAAGGGCAAGGUAGCUUGCGAGAUUCAUUCGGCAGACGAACUUGUGCUCACCGAGCUGGUCCUUGAGAACGUCCUUGCUGAGUACGAACCCGAGGAGAUUGUCGCGCUGCUGUCUGCAUUCGUAUUUCAAGAAAAGACCGAUACCGAAGCCACACUGACCGCAUCGCUCGAACGAGGCAUAGCCAAGAUCGUGGAGAUUUCUGAGAAGGUCAACAAAGUCCAGACCGAUUACCAGGUCAUCCUGUCCGCCGACGACUCCAACGACUUCGUGUCCAAGCCUCGCUUCGGCAUGGUUGAGGUGGUCUACGAGUGGGCCCGCGGCAUGUCGUUUAAUCGCAUAACAGACCUAACGGAUGUCAUGGAAGGCACCAUCGUGCGGGUUAUCACGCGUCUGGAUGAGACAUGCCGGGAAGUCAAGAACGCAGCGCGAAUCAUAGGCGACCCGACUUUGUUCCAGAAAAUGGGAACUUGCCAGGAACUCAUCAAACGCGACAUCUGUAACUGCGCGAGUUUGUACCUGUAG